AUGACAUGGGAUACUUCUUCCGUCCUUGUCGUGCCCCUGGCCUUGUUAGCUAUCGUUGCAGCCUUCCCUCCCAUAUUUGUUCAAUUACGCGCAAAGAACUUUGCAGCCUCGGUUCUCCUGAUCGGCAUCACCAUACUGAACAUCCAAAACCUCGUCAAUGCUGUGAUAUGGUCGUCUGACAACCCUGAUGACUGGUGGGAUGGGAAAAUACUGUGUGAUAUCGAAGUCAAACUCUACAUUGGGAUAUUCCAGGCCGUUGAAGGAGCAAUUGCAAGCAUUUUCCGACAAAUCUCGAUAAUCCUCGACUCGGACCGCAUGACCGUCACUCCUUGCCCACAACAGCGCCGAACAACUCUCAAGAUCGAGCUCGUUCUUUGCAUUCUCUUGCCCGUGCUCGUCAUGGCUGGCCAUUACUUGGUUCAAAAAGAAAGAUACUGGCUCGGAUCGGUGGAGGGAUGUGUUGUAUCCUAUGACAACGACUGGGUAGCGCCUUUCGUGACCUACGGAUGGCCAAUGGUCGUCUGUGUGAUUGGGAGCGUCUACUGCCUGAUCUCGGUCGUUCGCCUCUGGCGGCAUCGCAAGCAGGUUUCGGCCCUGCUCUCGCAUACUCCUGGUGCCACGGCCUCCCGAUUUUUCAGGCUUUUCGCACUUGCGUUCGUCCUUCUGGUGAUAUACUGCCCACUGGCCAUCUUUGCCUUUGCGCAAAACGUUCGUGUGCCAAUGCAUAUGUAUUCUUGGUCAUACAUCCAUCCCGCCGACUGGUCGGAAAGAAUCAUCCUGGAGCCAGAACCCGCCUUGAGACCAACUUCGCAAGGCUUUUCUUUCGACCGGUGGGCUCAAAUUAUCACGGCAUAUACAUCAUUCGCAUGCUUCGGGAUGGGUCAGGAUGCGAUCCGGAUGUACAAGAGGUGGGCUGAAAGCGUAAGGGACUUUCUCUGUGGAGGCUUCCGGGGAAAUGUCAGGCUAUCACAACAAGCACCUCGCAUCGGCGCAUUAGGUCAGAAUGAGGCAAAUGUCACGUUCGUUGUGGACGAAGUUUUUCUAGAGGACAAUCACAACCCAGCUCCUCACUCAUCAGCCUCAGGAACAAAUCAUUGA